AUGUACGACUCCCUGGUGUAGACUUUGUCAGAACUAGAAAGGAACCGACGGAUACUUAUUAUUUUGCUUUCUUUGACCAUGUACCAGUGGUGGCUCUCGCCUCUGCUACCAACAGCAGUGUAGCACCAUGCUGACGUUCGGGUGCAUGCAGCAGGCGAGCAAUUAUUUUUUUCUCUACCAUCAAGCAAUAUGGUAGAGCGCCUACGUUUACUAUGCCGGUUUGGACAGCUGCAUGCUCGCCGGAUGGUGGGCUUAUUCAUUGCCCUCAUGGCUGUUGCUUUGUUUGUCCACCUGGUUACGCUUUCAGAACAAUCGCAGCAUUUGCUAGAUUUGUGUGUUGGAGUUCCUGCUGCCAAAUAUCCAGAAGCAUCACGAAUCGAUGGAUAUUGCAACGAUGUAAAUUCUAUUACAGUGGACAGUGAUGAUGGGAGAGAACUGGCAUGCCUAACAGAGGCCGGCGAGUACCACCUGGUGCAAGUAGUAGGAUUGUAUCGACAUGGCCAACGUGCUCCACUCAAACACGUGAAGCAUCUUAGCAAUUUGGAGAAGUUUGUCUGUGGGCUGCCAAGUAUGGGAGGUGGAUGGUCCGGACUGGACGACGUCCUGUUGAAACGUCUCUCCUCAAAUGGUAAAGGAGUGAGUGGCCAGUUAACUUUCCCAUUGCAUCCUGGAAAAGGUGAAAUGGCUUGCCAGUUGGGGCAGAUGACCAGUGUCGGUUUUCAGCAGCUAUCAGCACUUGGCGAGCACUUUCGCCGCCGCUAUGUGGAGAGCGGUGUUAUUGCUGGCCUGGGCAAGAACAUGCGCGCAUCAAACGUGCAAGUCCGCUCCACAGCUGCAAACCGCUGCAUGCGCAGUGCGGCUGCUUUUCUGACUGGCCUACUGACGGAUCAGGAGGUUAGCGUCUACGUGCAUGUAGACGGUAUGUUUAGGGUCUUAUCUCACGGUCUUCAUACUGCUGCCGACAUGUUUAAAGGUGUCGAUCUGAAGUGCUCUCGUCACUUAUCGACUCUGAGUAGAACAGUAGCCAGUAGCAGUGAGUAUCGAGCCAUGGUUGAGACGAAGCUAGAACCAGUCAUGUCCAGCUACUCCAAGUUGCUCGAUACAGCCCGGGAGAGCAUGCCACUGUUGAUGGAGAUCUGUGACAAUGUACAAAACCAGCAGUGCAUCAAGACCGAGUCCAAGCCAUCGGAUUGUCCGGACCCUGAACAUUGUGUAUCGCAGGAGUUGCUGCACCAAACCCUGGCAGCAUGUGAUGCAGCGUUUGCAUUGAACUACUCCUUAGCCCACUCCAAAUAUCUUGCUCACCCGCUCCUGCAACAAAUAGUUCUUGAAAUGGAGAAACGUCUUGAGCAGAUCCAAGUCAAUCCCACUGUUCAGAACUAUGACACGCCCUUCGUUCUAUUCUUUGGUCAUGAAACCACUCUCUUAGCUGUCUUGACUGCUCUGCAUUCGUUCGACGGAGUUUGGCCACCCCUAGCCUCCCGUCUUUUGUUUGAAGUUUGGCGAUGCCGCCUGCCUGGCUGUGCUCUGCACAAGGUCCGUAUUCUGUUCAAUGGCAAGGCGUUGCAGGGAGAGCUGACAGAUGCUCAAGGCUUCAUUAACUUCCCCGCCUUCACAAGACAUAUUGAGCAGCAUCAUAGUGACUUUGUUCGUGAAUGCAGCGCUUGACGUCACUUUCUCCGACUCUGGUUUUUAUCGAACUCCCACAACUACUUUUUUUUUUUUUCAAUAGAAACGUUUUCUAGGGAUAUCUGUCUCCGGCCGUAUGUGGUAUUGAAAAGGUUCAAGCUUUACGUCGCCGUGAUGUAGAUUAUUUCCUCGUGUUAGUAUUGAUUAUGUGAUCCUUGACUGGUCCUAUAUUA